GCCGAUUGUGUGUUUGAAAACGAGGCUACAUUCAGAACUGGAAGAAGCCAUGGCUGAUUUUGACAACGAAGGAUAUUCUGAGAGAGAUCAGGAUGUUAAACCUGAUCGCCAAAGUCUGCGACGGUCUAGGUCAAGGUCACCAGUCAGGCGGUCCCGGUCCCGUUCACCAAGACGAGACCGCGAUAGGGACCGUGAAAGGCGUCGUCCAGUCAACCUUAUCUCAAAAAGAGUCAUCAUUAGUAAUAUUCCAUAUGAGAUGAAAUGGCAGGAUAUCAAGGACUUGUUCAGAAAGGAAGUUGGAGAGGUUGCAUAUGUUGAACUUUUUGAGUUACCUGAUGGGAAGCCCAAAGGAGUUGGUGUGGUGGAAUUCAAAGACAAGGAAAUAGCUAGGAAAGCUAUUGAAACCAUGCACAAAUACAAACUGAAGGACAGAUUUAUGGUUGUCCGUGAGGAACGUGAAAAUGACAUGAGGAUGCAAGGAGGCAUGGGUGGGGGUGGAGGUAUGGGUGGGGGUGGAGGAAUGGGAGGUGGCAUGGGUAUGGGAGGAGGAAUGGGCGGGGGGAUGAUGGGAAACAUGGGAGGUGGAAGCAUGAUGCCUCAUGGAAUAGACAACCAGACCCUUCAACAAUUAGGAAUUGAGGGUCCCGUCACCAACACAGUGUUUGUUGCCAAUCUUGACUACAAAGUGACAUGGAGGAAGUUGAAGGAUGUGUUCAAACUUGCUGGUAAUGUGCUGAAAGCUGAAAUCAAAACUGACAAAGAGGGCAAGAGCCGUGGCAUGGGGACUGUGGAGUUUGAGAUGCCCCUUGAAGCUGUACAGGCAAUUUCUAUGUUUAACGGUCAAACAUUGUAUGAACGCAACAUGGUGGUCCGGAUGGAUAAAGCAAAAGAAGAUCAGCCUCCACCAAUGCCCAAACUUCCACCUGGUUUGAAGUCAAUUGGUAUGGGUCUUGGAGCUGGUGGAAUGCCAUUGCAUAAUAAUCCACAGAUGUCCAACAUGGGAGGAAUGGGCAACAUGGGAGGUGGCAUGGGGAUGGGAGGAGGCAUGGGGAUGGGCAGUGGCAUGGGUGGUGGGAUGGGUAGUGGUAUGACAGGAGGAAUGGGUGGUGGGAUGGGCACAGGUAUGGGGGCUCAAUCUCUGGGAGGUGGUAACAUGGGCGGUGGUAUGGGUGGUGGGGGAAUGGGCAACAUGGCGACAAGCAUGGGUGGUCUUGGUAACAUGGGUUCCAUGGGUGGUCUUGACAUGAACAGUGGGAUGGGAGGUAUGGGGGGCAAUAUGGGAACAAUGUCAGGAGUAGGUGGCAGCAUGGGAAUGGGAACAGGUAUGGGGAACACCAUGGGAACAGGAUCCAUGGGAAUGGGCACUGGCAUGGGCAACUUUGGCAUGGGGUCAGGCAUGUCGGAUAAUUUUAGCGGAAUGGGCAACAAUAAGAUGGGAUCUGCAAGUGGAAUGGGUGACUCAUUCAACAGCUCAAUGGGUAUGACUGGAUCAAUGUCUAACAUGAGCGGAAUGUCGGGCAGCAACAUGAUGGGCGGGAGUAGCAUGGGCGGCGGCAACUGGGGCUCCAACUCUUCCAAUAUGGGAGGUAGCAGUAUGGGAUCAGGAUACAGUGACCGAGGGGAUAAGUCCCGCUCAACUAGACCUGAUGCCUGCACAGUUAUUGUAAAGAAUCUUCCAUACUCGUUUUCAUGGCAAGCACUGAGACAAAAGUUCAAGGGUAUUGGUGAUGUGAAGUUUGCAGAGAUUGAGAAGGAAAAUGGUCGAUCAACUGGAGUGGGUCUGGUUCGGUUUGGCAAUGCAGAUGAUGCACAGAGAGCUAUCUCAACCAUGAAUCGAGCUGACUGUGAUGGCCGUGAGAUCUGUGUGCGUCUCUACCAAGGCUGAAUAUGUGAACCCAAAUCACAUGUACGUACCCCAUGGGUCAUGUGACAUCAACAUUGAUAUAGCAGUUCAGUGGCAUAUUGUUGCUGAUUCUUUCUUUUGGGCUCGAUUUCCAUGUGCAAAGUUGUGUUUCAGAAACAUUCAUAAGAGACAUUGGCCAUUGUUUUUGAAGCAAAGAAUUGCUAUAAAUUUCUGAGGAGAUAUUAUAACCUCACUGUAUUCAUAUUGUACUUACUGUACUCAUUCAGUCUAUAGUUCUUCAGUCUUGUCUCAUUGUUAGUUAUGUGCAGUGAAUAUGAUGAUCAGGAUCAAGGUUUGAUACUAAUUUCAGUCACUGAAUAUUUUCAUACGUCUAAUAUUUUUUAUUAUGUCAUUAGUAAUUACUUCAGUGGUUUUUAUGAAACAAUGUAUUGUCAUAAGGGAUUAAUAAAUAAUGUGAAAGGAUAUAAGUUGAAUUCAAAUUUUAUUGUGGAAAUCGCUUCCAUUGCAUGGUUAUCGGCAUGGGGUUAAAUCAGUAUAGAUUCCUGGUUAUCAGUGUAUUGAUUAUAGACACUGGAAGGGGCUUGGUUGAUGAAGAACAAUUUUCUGGCAAUAAAACAAUGAUCUUUGUUGGUCUCUAUGAUAACUAAAUUGAUUCAAGUCUUGAAAGCGAGUGUUGUGUGUUCCUUUGCAUUUUGUAAUACAGGAAAAUGGAUUUGAAACCAGUUCAUUUUCCUGGGUUGCUUAGCUAUCAAGACACUUUUUGACUCAAAAAGUAAAUGUCAGUGGUUUAAUCUAACAUUUGUGGUGACAAAUUUUGAAAUUUUGUUACAUGCUGUUUGGGUGACUGAUCAUUGGCUGCUUCUGUUUUGGACUCCUGGAGAUUCUGGAUGUACUUUUGGUGGAAUGUGUGGUCAAGUAUACCAUGAAUGGUCAGCAAAACAGUCCACUCUUUGCCUUAACCAUGGCCUGAGAAUGUCAUCACUGCUGAGAAAGUUGUUCAACUAUGGGGAAGGGAUGAUUUCUUAGUUCAAGAGAACUGUUUUGUACUUAGUUAUUCAAUGCUGUUCUUUAAUGCGUCUAUGUUAACUCGUUCAAGCGAUAAGAUUGAAAGGAAUUGUAGCAGUAGUUUUAUGCUUAGUAGAAAGACACUUAAGAUUUUCAGGUGGCAAUUCUCGUCACGAUCAGUAUAGAAACUGCUUCAGAUUAAGUUGUUUUUGCUUGAUAGUGUUACUCAGUGAUCCAAUGAGAACUGUAGUUAUUUUGAUUUAUACUGCUGCCCACAGAGACCGAGAAUAGUAGCAGCUAGCAACUGGAUAUAUAUUUUGUCAGGAAUAAUGUGUCUGUUUUACUUUCUUUUCAUAUUGCAAGUUACUAUGUACAUGUUGAAUGAAGCACCAAUCCACAGACCAUUAGGUUUCCAUAUUGGUGGAAUUUUCAUUUCUCAGAACAAUAACCAAUCGUGACACUUUUGUGAUAAAGGAUACCAUUUGGGUAUUGAAAGUGUUCACUGUGUGUGGAUAGUCAUAUUCCUUGAGGAACAGCACUUGGAAGAGGUGUUUGGCAAAUGUCAGUGGUCGAUCAUUUGCCAGUUAAUGUGGAUUUGGUCAUAUGCUGUCAGACAGUUUACAUGCUUUUCAACGUAGAGUUGAUUGUACAACAUGGCGGUUGGAUGUUACUGUCUUCCUCUGGUGGUGGAGUAAGUAUGUCUUGGUGAGGACAACUUGUUCCUUGCUGUGUGUCAUGUUUUUUGUCAUGUGUGUUAUCAGCUUAAACAUAAUAGAUGCUCAAUUGUCUUUCAAAUGUUUGACAGUUGCAAGGUUUUCAGUAAUUUAUUGCUAUUUUGUCCUCCAUGUUAAUUUCACUGAUAAACGAGGUAAAAGCAUUGCUCAUGUUGUAUAACAAUUUUGCUGUGUAUCAUUGUCUGGGAUUUUGACAUGAGAGAAGCAGUAUUUUAACACCAUUAUCAGCUGUUGUCUAGUAACAUCUAGAAUAUCUUGGCUUGGCCUCCUGCAGUAGAUGUUGUGUGUGUCUUUGACAUUAUAUGAAAUAGAGGCUGGGUAGACACCUGAUUCGAGGGAGAUUACUUGGUAGACAGCUCAUUCAAGGGAGAUUACUUGCUCAAUCAAGGGAAGGUAUCCCUUGCACCAUGUGAUUGUGGAAUCUUGAGGCCGACAUCAACAUCGGAGGAGUUGUUUUCCAAGUUACAGGCAAAUGUGUUGAUUUCAUUUUCUUCAUUGCUUUGUUCAUAAAUAUUUUGGUCACUGCAUCAGUUGUUAUAAUGCUUGCACAUUUGUAACCUCUCCUCUGUUGCAUCUGUAUUGGAGGUAAUGAUUGGGUUGUUUCCGUCAAUUGUUCUCCUUCCCAUGUGAAGGACAUGUUAUCUUGUGCAAGCCAGCCCGCAAUGCCUAAUAUUUCUAACUUGCUUUAUGAUAAUAAAAACGUUUGUCAUUUCACCCUGUAAUUUGUAAAAUGUAAUUUCAAAUUAAAUAAAUAUAUGAUGGAUACUUUAUUAAAUGGUUCAGUUUAAUCAUUUGUAUGAUUCAUCCUUUUCUGAAAGUUCAUGUGUAAAGCAUGUUUUUCACACUUGCAGGUGAGUACAGAAAGGUGAUUUUUUCCUGACCAUGGAAAGUUCAGCUAUGGGAGCAGGCUCUGUCCAGGGUUGAAGAGGGCCUUGGAUUAACAGAUAAAUCCUGUUCAGCUCCACCAAACAAAGCUGUGAUUAUUCCACUGAAGCCAACUAACUCCAGGUGCUAUCACAUGCCCCAAGACAAGAGCUUGAGGUUCAAGGAAGUGGACGAAUGAGAAGGAAGAAAUCAAAUCUUAAUAAUUGUAACAUCAUCAGUCUUCAUUAAACACUUGUACACAUCA